UCCUCCUCCUUCUCCUCCUUCGGGUCCAAGCGAGCGAAGCCGGGCCAGGGCCAAGCCGAGGGCCCCGAGGGCGCGGGCGGAGCGGGGCGCGGAGCCAUGGCGCACCAGACGGGCAUUCAUGCCGCUGAGGAGCUGAAGGAGUUCUUUGCGAAGGCCCGGGCUGGCUCUGUCCGGCUCAUCAAAGUUGUCAUCAAGGACGAGCAGCUCGUGCUAGGCGCCUCGCGGGAGCUGGCUGGUGGCUGGGACCAGGACUACGACAGGGCUGUGCUGCCGCUGUUGGAUGCCCAGCAGCCCUGCUACCUGCUCUACCGCCUCGACUCGCAGAAUGCCCAGGGCUUCGAGUGGGUCUUCCUCGCCUGGUCGCCUGACAAUUCCCCAGUGCGGCUGAAGAUGCUGUACGCGGCCACACGGGCCACAGUGAAGAAGGAGUUUGGGGGUGGCCACAUCAAGGAUGAGCUGUUCGGGACUGUUAAGGAUGACCUCUCCUUUGCUGGGUACCAGAAGCACCUGUCAUCCUGUGCAGCGCCUGCCCCACUGACCUCGGCCGAAAGAGAGCUCCAGCAGAUCCGUAUCAACGAGGUAAAGACAGAGAUCAGUGUGGAAAGCAAGCACCAGACGCUGCAGGGCCUGGCCUUCCCCCUGCAGCCCGAGGCCCAGCGGGCGCUACAGCAGCUCAAGCAGAAGAUGAUCAACUACAUUCAGCUGAAGCUGGACCUGGAGCGGGAGACGAUCGAGCUGGUGCACACAGAGCCCACGGAUGUGGCCCAGCUGCCCUCGAGGGUGCCCCGAGACGCGGCCCGCUACCACUUCUUCCUCUACAAACACACCCACGAGGGCGACCCCCUCGAGUCUGUGGUGUUCAUCUACUCCAUGCCGGGCUACAAGUGCAGCAUCAAGGAGCGCAUGCUCUAUUCGAGCUGCAAGAGCCGCCUUUUGGACUCCGUGGAGCAGGACUUCCAGCUGGAGAUCUCCAAGAAGGGCCCCUGCCGCAGGGCCCUGCACCCCCUGUCUCUCCUGGUGCAGGCCUCAGCGCUGGUCGUGGCGCUGGCCCUGGGCACCUUGCCUGCCUUCCUGCCCUGUGAGCUGCAGCCCCAAGGCGUGGUGAACUGCAACUGGCUGUUCCUGAAGUCGGUGCCCCACUUCCCCGUGGCAGCACCCCGUGGCAACGUCACCAGCCUGCUGCUGCGCUCCAACCGCAUCCACCACCUCCGUGCCUCUGACUUUGCCCGCCUGCCCAGCCUGCGGUGUCUCGACCUCAAGUGGAACUGCCCGCCAGUCACCCUCAGCCCCAUGAACUAUCCCUGCCACAUGACUAUCGAGCAGGGCACCUUCCUGGCUGUGCCCACCCUGGAGGAGCUGAACCUGAGCUACAACAACAUCACAACUGUGCCCGCCCUGCCCAGCUCGCUCGUGUCGCUGUCCCUGAGCCGCACCAACAUCCUGGCGCUUGACUCCGCCGCCUUCGCUGGCCUGCACGCCCUGCGCUUCCUGUACAUGGACGGCAACUGUUACUACCGGAACCCGUGCCGGUGGGCCCUGAGGGUGGCCCCGGGUGCCCUGCUCGGCCUGGGCAACCUCACCCACCUGUCGCUCAAGUACAACAACCUCACGGCCGUGCCCCGCAGCCUGCCCCGCAGUCUGGAGUCCCUGCUACUGUCCUACAACCACAUUGUCAGCCUGGCGCCUGGGGACCUGGCCAACCUGACCGCCCUACGCGUGUUGGACAUAGGCGGAAACUGCCGCCGCUGUGACCAUGCCCGCAACCCCUGCAGGGAGUGCCCACGUGGUUUCCCCCGGCUGCACCCCGACACCUUUAGCCACCUGAGCCACCUCAAAGGCCUGGUGCUGAAGGACAGUUCUCUCUACAGCCUGAACGCCAGUUGGUUCCGUGGUCUGGGCAACCUCACCGUGCUGGACCUGAGCGAGAACUUCCUCUACAACUGCAUUACCAAAACCAUGGCCUUCGAGAGCUUGCCACAGCUGCGCAAGCUCAACCUGUCCUUCAACUACCACAAGAAGGUGUCCUUUGCCCAGCUACACCUGGCAUCUUCCUUCAGCAGCCUGACCUCCCUGGAGGAGCUGGACAUGCACGGCAUCUUCUUCCGCUCGCUCAGCGAGACCACGCUGCACUCGCUGGCCCACCUGCCCAUGCUCAAGAGUCUGCAUCUGCAGAUGAACUUCAUCAACCAGGCCCAGCUGAGCAUCUUUGGGGGCUUCCUCAGCCUGAAGUACGUGGACCUGUCAGACAACCGCAUCAGUGGAGCUGCGAAGCUGGCAGCCAGCACCAGGGAGGUAGGUGGCGGGCAGAAGAUCCAGCUGCAACCUGGGGACCUCGAGCCAGCCCCACUGGACCCCCGCAGCUCUGAGGACUUCAUGCCAAGCUGCAAAACCCUCAACUUCACCUUGGACCUGUCACGGAACAACCUGGUGAUGGUCCAGCCGGAGAUGUUUGCCCAGCUCUCGCAUCUCCAGUGCCUGCAUCUGAGCUACAACAGCAUCGCGCAGGCGGUCAAUGGCUCACAGUUCGUGCCGCUGGUCAGCCUGCGCGUGCUAGAUCUGUCCCACAACAAGCUGGAUCUGUACCACGGGCGCUCAUUCACGGAACUGCCGAAACUGGAGGCCCUGGAUCUCAGCUACAACAGCCAGCCCUUCAGCAUGCAGGGCAUAGGCCACAACCUUAGCUUUGUGGCCCAGCUGCACGCCCUGCGCUACCUCAGCCUGGCGCACAACAACAUCGACAGCCGGGUGUCCCAGCAGCUCUGCAGCAGCUCGCUGCAGGCCCUGGACUUCAGUGGCAACGCCCUGGGCCGUAUGUGGGCCGAAGGAGACCUCUAUUCCCACUUCUUCCAAGGCCUGAAAGGCCUGGUGCGGCUGGACCUGUCCCAGAAUCACCUGCAUACGCUCCUGGCCCCUACCCUGGACAAUCUCCCCAAGAGCUUGCAGCUGCUGCGACUCCGUGGCAAUCACCUGGCCUUCUUCAACUGGAGCAACCUGGCCCUCCUGCCCGAACUAGAAGUGCUGGACCUGGCGGGAAACCAGCUGAAGACCCUGACCAAUGGCAGCCUGCCCGCUGACACGAGGCUCCGGUGGCUGGACCUCAGCAGCAACAGCAUCAGCAUGGUGGCAUCUGGCUUCUUUGCCCAGGCCAAGUUGCUACGGGAGCUCAACCUCAGUGCCAACGCCCUCAAGACGGUGGACCCCUCCUGGUUUGGGCCCUGGGCAGGCACUCUGAAGGUACUGGAUGUGAGUGCCAACCCUCUGCACUGCUCCUGUGGUGCAGUCUUCGUGGACUUCCUGCUGGAGGUGCAGGCCGCUGUGCCUGGUCUGCCCCGCCACGUGAGGUGCGGCAGCCCGGGCCAGCUGCAAGGCCGCAGCAUCUUCGAGCAGGACCUGCGCCUCUGCCUGGACGAGGCCCUCUCCUGGGACUGCUUUGGCCUCUCACUGCUGGCAGUGGUCCUGGGCCUGGCUGUGCCCCUGUUGCAUCACCUCUGUGGCUGGGACCUCUGGUACUGCUUCCACCUGUGCCUGGCCUGGCUUCCCCGGCGAGGGUGGCGGCGGGGUGGGGAUGCCCUGACCUAUGACGCCUUCGUGGUCUUUGACAAGGCGCAGGGUGCGGUGGCUGAUUGGGUGUACAAUGAGCUUCGGGUGCAGCUGGAGGAGCGCCGUGGGCGCAGGGCACUGCGCCUCUGUCUAGAGGAGCGAGACUGGCUGCCUGGCAAGACGCUCUUCGAGAACCUGUGGGCCUCGGUCUACAGCAGCCGUAAGACACUGUUUGUGCUCGCACACACCGACCGCGUCAGCGGCCUCUUGCGGGCCAGCUUCCUGCUGGCCCAACAGCGCCUCCUGGAGGACCGCAAGGACGUGGUGGUGCUGGUGAUCCUGCGCCCCAAUGCCCACCGCUCCCGCUAUGUGCGGCUGCGCCAGCGCCUCUGCCGCCAGAGCGUCCUCCUCUGGCCCCAACAGCCCAGGGGCCAGGGUAGCUUUUGGGCCCAGCUGGGCACGGCCCUGACCAGGGACAACCACCACUUCUAUAAUAGGAACUUCUGCCGGGGACCUACAGCCGAAUAGCC